AUGGACCGCUUUCUUAUCGUCGUAUCCCUCAUCGGCUCUGUUGCAACUGGUGCAGCGCUCCCUGUGUUCACCCUCUACUUCAAGGACCUCAUCGACGGGGGGUUCGGUGCAGGAUCGCAAUCUGCCGAGGAGGUCAACAAAGCUGCUCUCAACUUCCUCUGGAUCAGCCUUGGCCUGUUCGUGUGUGGCUCCAUCUCCAACGGCUCGAUGCUCUUGGCCGCUGCAAACCAGGGGUCUCGGCUGAGAAGGCAGUACGUGAAGGCCAUCUUGAGGCAGAACAUCGCCUGGUUUGACACUCAGAAGACCGGAGAGAUCACCACGUCGAUCGAACGCGACUGCUCCAACGUGCAGGGAGCGAUCGGCGAGAAAGCCGUGCUCUUCGUGCACAACAUGUCCACUUUUAUCAUUGGCAUUGCGCUGGGCUUCUGGCAAGGGUGGCAGAUGGCGUUGGUGAUUUGUGCCUGUCUGCCGCUGCUGGCCGGGGCCGGGGCUUGGAUGGCCAAGAAUCUCGCAGGGAUUGCUUCCAAAGGAGAACACGCAUACCGCUCUGCAGGAGCUGUCGCUGAGCAGGCCAUCACGGGGAUCAGGACCGUAGCCUCUCUGCGAGGAGAAGAACGAGAGAACCAGAGGUUCUGCUCGAACCUGGACGAGGCGCUAGACAUGGGGAUCAAGAGGGCUCGCACAAACGCGCUGGGAAUGGGAGUCGUGUUAAGCACUACUCUUUUGCCCUACGCCCUAGGGCUUUGGUUUGGGAGCUGGCUGAUAUCGCAUGGCAUAACCAACAGCCGAACAGGGUUGCUCUACUCGGCCGGAGAUGUGAUGCUGGUCUUCUUCGCCAUAGUGCUGGGAGGAUUCAGCCUCGGUCAGGUGGGGCCAUGUGUGCAGGCGUUCAUGAAGGGCCAGGCGUCGGCCAAGAAAAUCUUUGAUAUCAUCGACCGCAAGCCUCCCAUUGACAUCCAAGACCCGUCAGGUGACAAGCCAGCUGGCGUGAAAGGUGAUCUCUGCCUCAAGGGCGUUGCCUUCACCUACCCAGCUCGUCUCGAUGCUCCGAUCUUCACCUGCCUUAACCUCAACAUCGCAGCUGGGCAAACGGCAGCCCUAGUCGGAGCCUCAGGAAGUGGAAAAAGCACUGUGAUCCAGCUGCUGCUUCGCUUCUACGACCCGGACGAAGGGCAGGUCAUGCUGGACGGGAGAGACCUGCGAACUCUCAACGUGAAGUGGCUCCGCGAGCAUCUGAGCAUCGUGUCCCAGGAGCCGAUCCUGUUCGCGGUCUCAAUUGCGGAGAACAUCAAGUAUGGCAAGCCCGACGCCACGAUGGACGAGAUCAAGAAGGCAUGCGUGGCGUCCAACGCUCACUUGUUUGUCGCCGGGCUUCCGGACACGUAUCAUACGCUGUGCGGGGAGAGGGGGACGCAGCUCAGCGGCGGUCAGAAGCAGAGGAUCGCGAUCGCGCGCGCCGUCAUCUCCAAUCCCAACGUGCUCCUGCUGGACGAGGCCACGUCGGCCCUGGACUCGGAGAGCGAGAAGCUCGUACAGGACGCGCUGGACAACCUCAUGGAAGGGAGGACCGUCGUGGUGGUCGCUCAUCGCCUGUCAACCAUCCGCAAUGCGGACAAGAUCUGUGUGUUCAAGACGGGAACCAUCGUCGAAGAGGGCACGCAUGAGGAGCUUUAUGCAAAGGAAGACGGCUUCUACCGGGAGCUCGUCUCGAAGCAGAUGGUGGCAGGAGAGGCAGCGAUUGGAGGGGCUUCGGCAACAGCAGAGAAGAAGAUGCCCGCAAACGACGUGGCGCAGGGCUCAUCAACAGCAGUGAAGUCUCCUGAGGUGAAACUCAAGGAAAUGAGCAAUCAGGAACAGCAGAAGGCAGAGAAGGGCUACCUGAAGCGAGCCUUCAAGCUCAACAGCCCAGAGUUCUUCCCCUGGGCGUUGACGGGGUCGGUCGGAGCCUGCAUGAACGGAGCGGUAUAUCCUGUGCUUGCACUUCUGCUGACGGAGAUGCUUGCGGGCUACAGUCUGUGCCAGGAAAAAGAAGGCAUAGAUCCUUUCAAUCCGGGCAAGAAGGUUGUAGUCUCUUAUUUCAUGGAUGCAAAGAGCUGCGGAGCAUCCUGCCUAUACCUCGCCACCCAUCAGUGGAGUGGUGAAUGUUUGAGUGAGAAUAACACAAAGAUUUGGUGCUACCAGUUCAAGAUCUCCGACUCCAUGAUAUUGAAGCACUCGUUUCUACAACUCUACUCCUUCGGAGUGAUGGGCGAGCAUCUCACGCAGCGCCUGAGGAAAAUGUGCUUCGCCUCCGUGCUCCGGCAGGACGUGGGCUUCUUCGACUACCCGGAGAAUGCGAGCGGCAGCCUGACGACUAAGCUUGCAAAGGACGCUUCCUUGGUAGAGAAUGCGGUGGGAUCCACAAUCGGCCUGAUGAUCCAAAACCUGGUCGUCAUGGCAAUAUCCCUGACGAUCGCUUUCAUCCGAGGGUGGAUGCUGACUCUGAUCUGCUUCUCGACGUUCCCGCUGAUGGUUGCUGCCAAUAUGCUGCAAAUGAAGUUCAUCGCGGGCUCUGGUGGCGACCUGUCUGCUGCUUAUGAGAACGCGACAGCGAUAGCGAGCGAAGCAGUAGCUGGUUUGCGGACUGUCGCUGCAUUCUCAGCAGAGGAGCAAGUCGAGAAUCUUUACGAGGAGAAUCUCAAAUCAGAAAAUGGCGCACAGCAGAAGACAGCUUUGGCAGCUGGCCUCGGGCAGGGCUUUUCGCUUUUCACCGUCUUCUUCCUCUACUACUGCGGGUUUGCAGGAGGAGCAUACCUGAUGAAACACGAGGGCUACUCUUUCAAGGAUGUGCUUCAGGUGUUCUUCACGGUAACGUUUCUGGGCAUGGCAGCUGGCAUGGCUGGAGCAGUCGCGCCAGACAUCGCCAAGGGAAAGCCUGCUCUGAUUUCCAUUUUCAAGCUGAUCGACCAGGAGCCGAAGAUCGAUGUUAACGAUCCUGCUGGCCAGAAACUCCAACGUGUAACGGGAAAGAUCGAGCUGAGGGAUGUAUCCUUUAAUUACCCAGCUCGUCCGGACGUGAAAAUCUUGCAGAAUCUGAAUCUCACCAUUCCUGCCGGGAAGACAUCAGCGCUUGUCGGGGGGUCGGGCAGCGGAAAAAGCACCAUCAUCUCCCUUAUCGAGCGCUUCUACGACCCUGAUAGCGGCAAGAUCCUGCUAGACGAUGUUGAUAUCAAGCAGCUCAACUUGUCGUGGCUACGGUCGCACUUGGGGCUUGUCAGCCAGGAGCCGAAAGCCAACGCGCAUACCUUCAUCAUGGAAUUUCCUGGCCAGUUCGAGACGCAAUGCGGAGAGAAAGGAACGCAGAUGAGCGGCGGGCAGAAGCAGAGGAUCGCGAUAGCUCGUGCCAUGGUUGCAAACCCAAGCGUGCUGCUCCUGGAUGAGGCAACGUCCGCGCUUGAUUCGCAAAGCGAGAUGCUCGUACAAGAAGCUUUGGACAUCCUCAUGGUUGGAAGGACAGUUGUUGUCGUGGCUCACAGACUGUCAACCAUCAAAAAUGCAGACAAGAUCGUCGUCAUGUCGGGAGGAGAGGUUGUUGAAGAGGGCAAACAUUUUGAUCUGCUUGCUAACACGACUGGACCGUACGCGAAGCUCAUCGCUCAUCAGGCAACUGAUGUCACUCUAGAGACCAUUUUUGAUGAGACAGACAGAUGCAAGCAUGAUUCGGCGAAGACCUCUUGA